CAGCAAUAAAAAUGAUUUCGGUUUGCGUCUUCCUCGUGCUGUAGUUGACUUGGCUCGCUCUUACAUUCGUCACAAAUCAACUGUUCAACGAGGUUUGCUGGUUGUGUUUUUGGCUGCUGUUGCUGUUCGUCUACGUUCUACCCUGGCAAUCACUAGAAAAGCUGCAGCAACAACUCCCAUCACUUCUGGAUCUAUCAGCCAUUCAAAAUUAGACUUGAAUGCUAUUCAACCUGAACCUGUUCCUGCUGGAAAGGGUCGAAAACGAAAACUUAGAUCGGGUGUGAGUGCUGAUGUGGAUGCUGUUUUCCUCAAACGGUUGGUUCGUCUAGUGCGUGUCAUCAUUCCUGGAGUGUCUUCAAAAGAGUUUUGGUUGCUUAAUAUAUUCUCUGGAUUUUUGGUUGCUCGUACUAUGUUGUCGCUUUAUGUCGCUGAGCUGGAUGGUCAGAUUGUUAGUGCACUUGUACGUGGCAAUGGUCGUCAAUUCCUUUUACAUAUUGUCUACUGGAUGCUCGUUGCUGUUCCCGCUACUUAUACAAACUCCAUGUUGACCUUUUUGCAAAACAAGCUUGCCAUUGGGUUUAGAACUCGUUUGGUUCAACACAUGCAUUCUAAAUACCUUUCCGAUAUGACAUUUUACAAAGUCGCCAACUUGGACGAUCGCAUUAAAAAUGCUGAUCAGCUUAUUACUCAGGACAUUUCCAAAUUCUGUGACAGCGUGUCUGCCCUCUACGCCAAUCUCACAAAACCUGUGUUGGAUAUGGCUCUUAAUAACUGGCAACUUGUUCAGAAUGUUGGUGUUGAAGGUGUGUUUAUCAUGAACGUAUUUGUACACGCUACUGGAUCCAUCUUUCGUGCCAUGACUCCUCCCUUUGGCAGAAUGGUCGCUGAAGAGCAGCGUCUUGAGGGCGAGUUUAGAUUUAUUCAUUCUCGUUUGAUUGAAAACGCUGAAGAGGUUGCUCUUUACUCUGGUGAUAAUGCCGAGCGCCAACUCCUGGAUCUGUCGUAUAAUGGCUUGCUCAAGCAUGUCAAUCGCAUCUAUGUCACUCGCAUUUGGUAUGGCAUGUUGGAAGAUUUCACUAUAAAGUAUUUAUGGGGCACUAGUGGAUACAUUCUUUGUGCCAUUCCUGCCUUUUUUAAUAUGGGUGACGCUCUUACUGUAGUAGACUCUAUGCAGGCUGCAGUAAAUGGAAGUGGCGGUGACAUUGGUAGUCGUACUCAGGGUUUCAUUACCAACCGUCGCCUGCUUGUAGGCGCAUCGGAUGCUUUGGGUCGUAUCAUGUAUUCAUACCGGGAGAUUACCGAGUUGGCUGGAUACACAGCUCGCGUUUCUGAACUGUUGACCGUGUUUGACGAUAUUGCUGCCAACAAGUUUCAAAAAACCAUGGUCAGUAAUGCUGAUGUGAAAAUUCUAAGCCAACGAGGCACUAUUGAACACUCUGAAUCCAUUCGAUUCACAAAUGUACCGAUUGUAUCCCCGAAUGGAGAUGUCUUGGUCAAGGCAUUGAACUUUCAUGUAGAUCCUGGCAUGCAUUUACUGAUUGUAGGACCAAACGGAUCUGGAAAAUCAUCCCUGUUUCGUAUUUUGGGAGGAUUGUGGCCCGUAUAUGGUGGUGUAGUGUCCAAACCCAAUGUCAAGUCAGUCUUUUAUAUUCCACAACGACCCUAUCUGUCACUAGGCACACUACGCGACCAGGUGAUUUACCCUGACACUCGGCAAGACAUGGAAAUCAAAGGCAUCACAGAUGACGAUCUAUCCGACAUUCUUAACGUGGUACAAGUUGGAUCUCUUGUAGCACGCGAAGGUGGGUGGGAUGCUGAAAAGGACUGGAAGGAUGUUUUAGCUGGUGGUGAUAAGCAACGGAUUGCCAUGGCCAGACUAUUCUACCACCGACCCCGUUAUGCCAUUCUGGACGAGUGCACAUCAUCGGUGGGAAUGGAUAUUGAGCGUAUCAUGUACACCCAUGCACAGUCAUUGGGUAUUUCUCUCAUGACUGUAUCUCAUCGACCUUCGUUGUGGAAAUAUCAUAAUUGGAUUUUGCAAUAUGAUGGACAAGGAGGAUAUGUGUUUACCAAGCUGGAUGCAGAAAAAAGACUUGCAUUGCAGGAAGAGAAGAAUUCGAUUGAACAGGAGUUGAUCGAAGCACCCAAGAUCAUCAAGCGACUAGCGGAACUUCAAGCAUUGGUUGAGGAACAAAAAUAAAAACAGUGAAUUAACUUGAUUAG